AUGAGGAAAUUGAUCAGGAUGGGGCCUCAAGAGAGGCGGUUACUCCGGACAAAGCGGCUUCAUUGGAGUCGCCUCCUCUUCUUGCUGGGAAUGUUGAUCAUCGGUUCUACCUAUCAGCACCUUAGGAGACCCCGGGGCCUUUCCUCAUUGUGGGCAGCAGUCUCUUCUCAUCAGCCUGUAAAACUGGCCAGCCGGGACCUCCCAAGUGAAGAGAUGAUGAUGGUGAGCAGCAACCCUUCAAAACCUAGCUCUGAAAUGGGGGGUGAGAUGCUGGUACCUCAAGCCUCAGUGGGCAGUGAUGAAGCCACACUGAGCAUAACAGUGGAGAAUAUCCCCAAUAUGCCUAAAAGAACAGCCAAGAUGAUCUCAACAACAACCAAGAAUAACUACAGCCCAACAGCAGCAGGUACAGAAGGAAGGAAGGAAAAUACCCCAACAUUCAGUAGAACACUGACUUACUACACACCAACUUCAAGCAGACAAAUAGUAAAAAAAUAUUCCCCGACAUCCAGGGGAGAAAUGAAGAGCUACAGCCCAACUCAAGUCAGUGAAAAGGUGAAGUACACUCCUUCUCCACAUGGUAGAAGAGUAGGCACUUAUGCUCCAUCCACAUUCAUGACAAUGGAAACAAGCCAUGUGAUCACCCCCAGGACAACAGUGAAGGACAGUGACAUUAUGGCAACCUAUAAAAUACUGGAAACCAACUCUCUUAAGAGAGUGGAGGAAACCACCCCAACCACUCUCAAGGGAAUGGUUGAUGGCACCCCACCUUAUCUGACACAUGAGGUAGAAACAAACAUUUUGACUUCUCCAAGGAACGUCAUGGAAAAAAACAACCUGACUCCCCCCAGAAGAAUGGAAAAUAACAGCUCAACUCAUCCCUGGGGGUUAGUGGGAAAGAACAACCUGAUGACUCAGGGAACAGUCCUGGCACAUACCCCAGCCACCUCUGAGGGGCAGGUGACAAUAAGCACCAUGACAGGCAGCAGUCCAGCAGAAACCAAAGCCUCCACUGCUGCUCGAAGUGUUAGGAAUCCGUCACCCAGGACCAGUGUAUCAGCCAUCGAAACAGUCCCAGCCACAAUCUGGAGGUUGGCAAAGAAACCUUCCACAGCACCCAGCACCUCAGCAACCCCCAUGGUCAGGGCAAAGUUGACCACGCAGGUCCAUCACUGCGUGGUUGUGAAGCCAACCCCAGCCAUGCCCACCACUCUCUCCCCAAGCCUCACAACGGCCCUGCUCCCAGAGGAGCUCAGUCCCAGUCCUUCAGUGCUGCCUUCUAGCUUGCCAGACCUCCACCCCAAGGGAGAGUACCCCCCAGAUUUGUUCAGUGUGGAGGAGCGGCGGCAGGGCUGGGUGGUCCUGCACAUUUUCGGCAUGAUGUAUGUGUUUGUGGCGUUGGCCAUUGUUUGUGACGAGUACUUCGUUCCAGCCCUGGGUGUCAUCACAGACAAGCUGCAGAUCUCCGAGGAUGUGGCAGGCGCCACAUUCAUGGCUGCUGGAGGCUCCGCCCCCGAGCUCUUCACUUCCCUCAUCGGUGUCUUCAUUUCCCACAGCAAUGUGGGCAUCGGUACCAUUGUGGGCUCUGCUGUGUUCAACAUUCUCUUUGUCAUUGGCACUUGUUCCCUCUUCUCCCGAGAGAUCCUCCACCUCACCUGGUGGCCCUUAUUCCGUGAUGUCUCCUUCUACAUCCUUGACCUGAUAAUGCUCAUCCUCUUCUUCCUGGACAGCCUCAUUGCCUGGUGGGAGAGCCUGCUGCUGCUGCUGGCCUAUGCCUUCUAUGUGUUCACUAUGAAGUGGAACAAGCAAAUUGAGGUCUGGGUGAAGGAACAGCUCAGCAGGAGGUCAGCGGCCAAGGUCAUGGCCUUAGGAAACCUCAGCAAGCCAGGCGAUGGGGCCAUUGCGGUGGAUGAGCUACAGGAUAACAACAAACUGAAGCUCCCAUCCUUGCUGACCCGAGGGAGCAGCUCGACCUCUCUGCACAACAGCACCAUCCGCAGCACCAUCUACCAGCUCAUGCUCCACAGCCUGGACCCCCUGAGGGAAGUUCGCCUUGCCAAGGAGGAGGAGGAGAGCUUGAAUCAAGAGGCCAGAGCCCAACCCCAAGCCAAAGCAGAAAGCAAACCAGAAGAGGAGGAGCCAGCCAAGCUCCCUGCGGUCACGGUCACAUCAGCCCCUGCUCCAGACAUCAAGGGAGAUCAGAAGAAGAAUACAGGUGGUCAGGAAGAUGUGGCUGAAGCUGAGAGCACAGUUGAAAUGACAGGCGAAGAGGGCAAAACUGUUGGUGAAGGUGAAACAGAAGAGAAAAGUGGAGGUGAAAUUCAACCAGAGGGUGAAGGUGAAACUGAAACACAAGGAAAAGGAGCAGAACAUGGAGAUGAAAAUGAAGCAGAAGGAAAAGGAGACAGUGAAGGUGAAGGUGAGGGUGAAAUCCGCAAAGAAGACGGUGAAAUGAAAGAUAAUGGAGGCAAAACGGAAAGCCAGGAACUCAGUGGUGAAAAUCAUGAUGAAGCCAAAAAUGAUGAGAAAGAUAUAGAAGAUGAAGGGGGAAGUGACGGAGGGGAUAGUGAAGAGGAGGAGGAGGAGGAGGAGGAGGAGCAGGAGGAGGAGGAGGAGCAGGAGGAGGAGGAGGAGGAGGAGGAGCAGGAGGAGGAGGAGGAGGAGGAAAAUGAAGAGCCGCUGUCCCUGGACUGGCCUGAAACCAGGCAGAAGCAGGCCAUUUACCUCUUCCUUCUGCCCAUCGUAUUCCCACUCUGGUUGACAGUCCCUGAUGUCCGAAGGCCGGAGUCAAGGAAGUUUUUUGUUCUCACCUUCCUGGGAUCCAUCAUGUGGAUAGCCAUGUUCUCAUACCUCAUGGUGUGGUGGGCUCACCAGGUUGGUGAAACAAUAGGGAUUUCUGAAGAGAUUAUGGGCCUGACAAUCCUUGCAGCAGGCACAUCAAUUCCUGACCUCAUCACCAGUGUGAUUGUUGCUCGAAAAGGCCUGGGAGACAUGGCUGUGUCAAGCUCUGUGGGCAGUAACAUAUUUGAUAUCACUGUGGGCUUGCCCGUUCCUUGGUUACUUUUCUCUCUUAUCAAUGGAUUACAGCCAGUGCCAGUCAGCAGCAAUGGCUUGUUUUGUGCAAUUGUUUUGCUUUUUCUCAUGCUCCUGUUUGUGAUCUCUUCAAUUGCGUCAUGUAAAUGGAGAAUGAACAAGAUCCUGGGCUUCACAAUGUUCCUCCUUUACUUUGUAUUCCUGAUCAUCAGUGUGAUGUUAGAAGAUCGAAUCAUAUCCUGUCCUGUAUCUGUCUGAGUCAGUCACUCUUGCUUACAAUGGGCAUAGAUCAGAAGACUAUGCCAGAAGUUACUGUUAUCUCUU